ACUUCAGGCAGUAGCCACCCUUGUAGUCUCACCUCUAAUUGGACUAGUCCACUAGAACGGCGCACUAGUGACCUGGAAUAUCUUUGCUGUACAGACUUCGCGAAAUAACUUACUCAGAGCGACUGCACUGACUGGACCAUCAAUAAUAUGGGCAAAAGCAAAUUAUUUCUCUUAGUUGUUUGGAUAUACUUGGAAAACAUUUGCACUGUUUUCUCAACUACCGAUGAAUUGCAUUUUGGUAACAUCACACUAAAUGGUACAGACAUAGCCUUCUCAGACAUCGAAUCUAAGUUUGCCCUGCGGACAGCUGAAGUGCCUGAUGAUGACCUGUGCUAUAUCGAGCCUGGUGAAGUUGACAGCAUUGUAGAGUGUGAAUUCAACCCUGAGGCCAAGACCUUUAUCGUUAUACAUGGCUGGACGGUCACUGGCAUGUACGAGAGUUGGGUCCCCAAGCUGGUGACGGCUCUGUAUGAGCGUGAGCCCACUGCUAACGUCAUCGUUGUGGACUGGCUGACCAGAGCCCAGCAGCACUACCCGACCUCCGCCGCAUACACCAAACUGGUCGGACGAGAUGUUGCCAAGUUUGUCACCUGGUUACAGGGUGUGCUCGACUACCCCUGGGAGAAAAUUCACUUUCUGGGCUACAGUCUUGGUGCCCAUGUGGCGGGAAUCGCUGGAUUGCUGACCAGCAGCAAAGUGAACAGAAUCACAGGUCUGGACCCGGCUGGCCCCAGCUUUGAGUAUGCCGACUCACAGAGCACCCUCUCUCCAGAUGACGCCAACUUUGUGGAUGUCCUACAUACCAACACACGAGGAUCCCCAGACCGUAGCAUCGGCAUCCAGAGGCCAGUGGGCCAUGUGGAUAUCUACCCCAAUGGCGGAACGUUCCAGCCUGGCUGCGACCUGCAGAAAACAAUGAAGAUGAUCGUGUCCACAGGUUUCUCAAACAUGGACCAGAUCGUGAAGUGUUCUCACGAACGCUCCAUUCACCUCUUCAUCGACUCCCUGGUGAACGCACAGGAGCACCAGAGCAUGGCUUACCGCUGCAGCAACAAGGAGGCCUUCGACAAGGGUGUGUGUCUCAGCUGCCGCAAGAACCGUUGCAACAAGCUGGGCUACGAGAUCAACCGUGUGCGCUCACGCCGAAGUGCCAAGAUGUACCUGAAGACCAGGGAGAUGAUGCCAUUCAAAGUUUUCCAUUACCAAUUGAAGGUGCACUUCUUCAGCGAGGAUGAACUGAGCUUCACGGAGCAGCCAAUCAGAGUGUCACUGUAUGGUACCCAUGGAGAAAAAGAGGACCUCACCCAUGUAUUGCCUGACCUGAAGACAAACUCCACCUUAUCUUUCCUCCUGACCACUGACGUGGACAUUGGGGAGCUUCUGAUGGUGAAGAUCACCUGGGAUAAAGACUCUUAUUUCGGCUGGUCAGACUGGUGGAAGAGCAGCAACUUCCACAUCCGCAAACUCAGAGUCAAAGUAGGAGAGACACAGGCCAGGGUUAUCUUCAGCUCAAAAGAGGGGGAGUUUGCGUACCUCACCAGGGGAGGGGAGCCUGCUGUAUUCGUCAAGUCAAAAGAAGACCAGACCAGUCGCAAACAAGAAAGGCUCCACAAGCUGAAAAUGCAUGGAAGCUCCUUCAAGCAGAACACUGCAUAAGAUGGACUUAAGAAGCGGAGAGAAGUAUGGACUUGUGCCUGUGUUACAUGUUCUCUCUCUCUCUCUCAUCAUCGGUGACGUUGGACGGACGUUUUUUUUUAAUCAAUGUUACAAUCAUGUUACAUCUAUUUCCACAUUCUCAUGAGAUUCCACAGCUGCUUUUAUACUGUCAGACCUUUUUAUUCUUUGCCUCUCUCUCUCCCUCAACUACUUGAAUUAGUGUUUACACAGGUUUCUGAAAUACUCAAUAUUUUAGCAAGUUCAUCAAGGAUCCAGAAUGUGUUUUUUGAAAUGUGAUUCAGACUAAACAGACUAAACUAAUGUAUGCCUGACUUUGUAGAGAGAUAGAAAGGAUGAAACGAGAUGAGAUAGAAAGGAUGAACCUUUAAUAUUCACUAGUGCCUCUAGGGUUUUUGUGUGGGGCAAAAAUCACAAAAUUAGUUGAAAUGAAGAGACAUUGUUUAAACAUUCCCUCCAAAUUAGUGGAUGCCUGUUGUAAAUAACAAUCAGAAAAAGAGAUACUACUAAAGUGUUUUUGAUACUACAGUUUUAGAAGCUGUGUAGACCAUGCCUUGGAAUUACUGUACUGUGUAUGGUAAAGGUUACUUGAUGUUAUGAAGUUUGGCCUAGUUUAGUGCAAAAACUACUGGCAUAAAAUGUAUUCUUGAGAGAAACAAAAUGAUUAUUGACUGCCAGGCGUUAGUAGUAGAAGACUGUUACUGUGAUGAGACCAUAGAAUAUUUGAUGUUAUUGAUGAAAGCAGUUGUAUUGAGCAUGCCUGGGUAAAAUUCUAUUUUAAGGGGGACAGGAUUCAGUAACAUUUGGUGUCCUGUUCACGCGCACUUAUGAAAGCACUGACCUAUGGGGGGAAAUACAGUUCCAAGAACAGACCCUUGAUUACUGAAUCAAGUCCUCGUCUGUGGUCACUAUAUUAUUCACCGAUUUAGUUCAGCAGAAAGGUCUCACUUAUAAGGAUGGCACAUUCUCACUACUUGAUAUUUCUCUAUCAGCUGUAGAAUCAAUUAAGAACUUAAAAUGAAAAGAAUGAUUACUUACUCAGCCAGAAAGUUCAUAUUCAUUAGUAGCCUACUCUUGCCAUUGUGUUAGAUAUAAACUUGCAGUUGCUACAUGUAGAACCUAUUAAUUGUCAUAAAAAGCAAAUUAUGGGGAAUGUUUAUUUGCUUUGUUACAUAUUACACAGCUGAUUUGUGGCAACUUUUUAGACUAGCGUUUUGUCAUGCAUACUGUUACCUUAAAUAUGAGCAAUUAUCCUGUGCCUUACUCACUCACUGUUGCCAAAGCAGAGGGACCAAAGAUAUAGACAGUCAUUAAAUAUAAAAUGAAGUACUGCAUUUAUUUCUGUAGAUACAGAACAGAUCUUUUGCUUCUUUUUUUGUGUGACUAUUCUUUUCAUUGCUAGUCACUUUCCGGGAUCAGAUCCCUGACUUGAUUCCACUUAAAACGAUAUCUUAGGUUCAGAAGUACUCAGCUAUUGUUUCUUGAGUCAUCCCAGUCAUCGUGUUGAUAUGAGGACUGUUGAUAUGAACAAUCAUUACCUAAUCAUUACCAUAACAAUGACCAAGAACAUGUUAAAAAUAUUGCAGUGUCCAUGGUUACAUUUCUUUUUAGAAUAGUAGCACAACAUAAUAGCCAUAAAUACACUAACAAUGUUUCAUAUUUUAUUUAUUGAAUGUAUAUAUUUGUAUAUUAAGUUUAAUAUAUUAUGCCAUGGUUCAAUUGUGUUUUUUUUUUUUGUAUUCCUCCUAUGUAUUCUUUUAUUAUAUAUUUUGAUCUGAUUGGUUUCGGUGAGCUGAACGCUGUGAACUAUGCCAAUUCACUAUAAGGAAGUGAGAAGUGGCACGCUGUAUGGUAAUCUUUGUGUAAUAAACUUGACAUAUUGUGAA